GAAAAGCUAUAGUACGGUUGUACAGUGUUAGCUUAUUUGUAACUGCUAAACACAAGAGGAGCCUGAUAAAGUGUAUUUCCGAGUAUUCAGGUUAAGUUGUAUUAAUACAAUCACAUAUACAUAUACAGCUAUGCCUGGGGAUAGUAUGGACAAACCAAACAUAGUUACAUGCACCGCUCCUGUAAAUAUAGCUGUCAUCAAAUACUGGGGAAAGAGAAAUGAAGAAUUAAUUCUACCCAUUAACUCAUCGUUGAGCGUCACAUUGCAUCAAGACCAGCUGAAAACAACCACAACAGUUGCAACCAGCACAUCAUUUCAGGAAGAUCGAAUAUGGCUAAAUGGCAAAGAGGAGGACAUAACCCAUCCAAGACUACAGUCCUGUCUGAGAGAGAUUCGUCGACUAGCAAGGAAGAGACGUAAUGACGGGGACCCUGCUUUGGAUUCGUCUGCUUUGUCUCACAAAGUCCACAUCUGCUCUGUCAACAACUUCCCCACUGCUGCCGGGCUCGCCUCCUCAGCUGCUGGAUUCGCUUGUCUAGUAUACUCUCUGGCCCGUGUGUUCGGGGUAGAGGGGGAGCUGUCUGGGAUUGCUCGGCAAGGCUCAGGCAGCGCAUGCCGUAGUAUCUAUGGAGGGUUCGUCCAGUGGAUCAUGGGUCAGAAAGAUGAUGGCCAGGACAGUCUAGCCCAGCAGGUGGAGCCAGAGACUCAUUGGCCUGAGCUCAGAAUCCUUGUACUUGUGGCCAGUGCUGAGAGGAAGCCAGUGGGCAGCACCUCUGGGAUGCAAACCAGUGUACAAACAAGCAGUCUCUUAAAGCACCGGGCUGAGUCUGUCGUCCCAGGUCGGAUGGUAGAGAUGAUUGAAGCGGUGCGAAGAAAGAACUUCGCUGCAUUUGCUGAACUAACCAUGAAGGACAGUAACCAGUUCCAUGCAACCUGCCUUGACACAUACCCUCCUAUCUUCUACCUCAACAGUGUGUCUCAACAGGUUAUCAGUUUGGUGCAUCGGUAUAACAGACACUAUGGGGAGACAAGGUUGGCCUACACGUUUGAUGCAGGACCCAAUGCUGUGGUCUACACUCUGCAGCAGCAUGUUCCUGAGUUUGUGCAGGCAGUUCAACAUUUCUUCCCCCCUGAGAGCAACGGAGGACAGUUUAUUCAGGGUCUUCCAGUUGACCAUGCUGCUCUCUCCGAGGAGCUGAAACAAGCUAUUGGUCUGGAGCCCAUGCCAAAGGGAAUAAGCUACGUUAUUAGUACCAAGGCUGGACCAGGCCCCCGUGUUUUGGAGGAUCCCACUCAGCAUCUACUUGGAUCUGAUGGGUUGCCUAAGAAAACUGUGUGAUGCAGCACUAAAUGGAUAAAGGCACACUGAGUAAUAAUGAAGCCAAUUCAGCAGAGACAGAAUUUACAUUAGUCAUACGUAAUUAGGUUUUUUUUUACAAAUCACAGCAACACACACCUUGCUCACCAUUGUGGAUGCUAAUAUGUUUUUCUUUAAUUGUCAAACUGUAGUGGUGUGGCUCUCCUCGUCUCUUUAUUGCUCAUUUGUCAGCAUCUACAGGUGGAAACUGUUUUAAGAGGUAUUUGACAAGUGCUCCACUUUGAGGUGGUGAAUAAAUGGACACGCUUGCAUUGAUCAAGGUUACUGCAGGCGUGAUCUUGAGCAUUGCACUAAACAUACAGUUCAACACUGCGGCUGACCUGAUGUUCUCCGUCUUGUCUGAGCACAUGAUUGUGCAUACGGGGCUUUGAAUCUAUGUAUGUGUCCAUGUUUAAAAAUGAUCAUGGUCAUUUGCAUCUUGUAAUAAAACAUAAUUUCAGACCUACAGUACAUACUUACAUUUUGACAAUUGUAUCCUGUAACAUUAAAUAAAAUAUAUUUUAGUCAAUGUAA